AAGCAAUAUGUUUUGAGUCGGCUUUAAAAGUGAGAAUUUUCCGUAUUAGAAACUUAAUUUUCUGUGAAAGAAGAACUGACCAUGGCUUGGGCAGCUAUUCAGGAGGUCUCAGAAAGGCUGAUUUUACCGAAACAAGAUCAAUUCGAAGACAGGCCUUGCUGCCAGGAGGAUUUUUCUGCGCUGAUACCUGAGAUUGACAGAAAUUUCCGUGCGCUGCUGGACGGUGUGAAUAAUUUGCCUCAUUUUUCGAUUGAAACGAUGUCGACAGAAGAAAAGUCAGCUCUCGCCAGUAUAGUGUUGGUCUGCGGAGAACAUUCGGCAGAAAAGCCGUGGACCUCAAAUUUCUCAAUUGAAAGCAGCAAAAACAUUUCGCUUGUGCUUUGCAAACUUGGCAACUUUUCAAAGCUGGAAGAACUGAUUUUGAACCCAAUAAUUUUGAAAAUGCUUCUUAAUUCUCUCUGCCCAAAAAUGGAACCAAAUUCGUGGAAGUGCAGACCAGCAACAGUCCAGUGCUUUGGUUGGGUUGUGCUAAAAAUAGUGCCUCCGACAUUUGGUGAGGUGUUGCCAAGGAUAUUUCCUGCCAAUUUAGUCAUUUUAGAUGACUGGGAAACUGAAUACAAAAUUUUUGGCUGCCAACUGAUGGUACAUUUAAUAAACAACGUGACAAAGGCAGAAUUGCAACGUCAGCAGUUUGACGACGUUGUUUUUGACAUUCUUCAGAGACUAGUUUAUGAAAGAGAAGCAGUAAUUGUGGUUCAGGCUAUCAAAUGCAUUGCAGCUUUGGUUACUAAAGUGGACCACAAGUACAAUCAACCAUUUGAGAUAGGACGAUAUGACAAAGUACUCAAAAUUCUGCUGUUUCAAAUGGAGUUUGAGCAAGGCUUGGAAUUGAGGAAGGCUUACGUGGAGUCCCUUCUUCUUUAUCUCGAAGCUGGAUCCGUCUCACUAAUUCUUUGGUCGCAGAGGAUCCUGAGAGUCAUAUCUGAAUACUUGAUGAUUGAAGACGCGUCUGGCGGUGCUUCUCAGUUACUUGCGCUCAAAGCUCUGUUGGUGUUCCUCAAGAAGACAUGGCCCCGUGCCAACAGCAAUGCCAACCAGACGCUAACUAUUGUGCUGAGAUUGCUGUUGGGUGCGACAAAAAGAGAGCCCUCCAUCGUAAUGAAAAAGGACGUCAAGUGCCAAAUAUUGGAUCUCAUCAAAGAGUGUCUGCAACUCCUAAGCAGCCUCGCUCCAAUAAAAUGCAGAGAACUCUUGAAAGGAUUGGAACAAGUGCCGGCUGGUGACGAGUUUUGGUCAGUGUUGAACUCAAUUCCAGAGCUGAAAUAAAAUUAUCUCUAUUUUGUUUGAAAGAAA